CCAUUCCCUUCAGCCCUUUUCCAUUUUCGUUCAUUUGUCAUCUUCUUAGCUUUCCUCUCCUCGGGAUCUGGUCCGAGCGACAACUUCGAGUUCCACAAUUCCCGAGGAUUGAACUUUGAACUCCUCUUUUAUCUAUUUUAGUCUUUUUGUCUUGUCUUGUCUCUUGUCUUUUACAUGUUCUUGGACCCUUCUCUUGACUUGGAGAAAAGAAUAAAACCCUAUUCUUCUCUGCUCAAAAUUGACCUUGCUCAGAUCUGUGCACUUGAAAAUUAAGGCUUGCUCCACCUGUUUGAUUGCAAGAUCAUGAAUUCGUUUUCACAUGUUCCUCCUGGCUUUCGAUUCCAUCCAACUGAUGAAGAACUUGUAGAUUAUUACCUCAGGAAAAAAAUUACUUCCAGAAGGAUUGACCUAGGUGUUAUCAAUGAUGUGGACCUCUACAAGAUUGAACCAUGGGAUCUUCAAGAACUAUGCAGAAUAGGGACGGAGGAACAGAAUGAAUGGUACUUCUUCAGCCACAAAGAUAAAAAAUAUCCAACUGGUACAAGAACAAAUAGAGCAACAGCAGCAGGAUUCUGGAAAGCAACAGGAAGAGACAAAGCUAUUUAUUCCAAGCAUGACUUAAUUGGCAUGAGAAAAACUUUGGUGUUUUACAAAGGGAGGGCUCCAAAUGGUCAAAAAUCUGACUGGAUUAUGCAUGAAUACCGACUUGAGACUGAUCCAAAUGGUGCCCCUCAGGCGAGUUAUUCUACUUUUUAUAGUUUCAAACCUUAUGCUUUACAUGUCUUUUUGGUUGACCACAUGCAAAGUCCUCCUAAGAAAAUCAAACCUAUAACUUCACUAAAUAAGCUACUCAGUCAAAUGAUUGUUUGGACUUGUGCAAUACUCUUUCCAUUCCAUUUUAUACAACCACAGGAAGAAGGAUGGGUGGUAUGCCGAGUGUUCAAGAAGAGAAUAGCAACAAUGAGGAAAGAAAGUGAACACGAGUCACCAAUAUGGUACGAUCAUGAUCAAGUCUCAUUCAUGGACUCCCCAAAGCAACAACACUCUCAGUCUGGCCUCACUUACCACUAUCCUAAUUACCCUUGCAAGAAGGAGCUUGAUACUUUGCAUUACCAAAUCCCACCUCCUCCUCAUCAUCAUCAUCAGCAGCAAUUUCUUCAACUUCCUCUUUUAGAAAGCCCAAAGUUUCUUCCACCACCUCCAUGCAGUUCAAUGCCAGUGUUUGCCAUUAACGUUAAUAAUCAUGUGCAUCAGUAUGGAAACAACAACAAUAUUAGUACCAAUACUAAUGAACUAGCUGGAGAUGAUCAAGUGAUGGAUUGGCGAGUGCUUGACAAAUUUGUAGCUUCUCAACUUAGCCAAGAGGAGGUUUCCAAGGAAAAUGAUUACUCAAAUACCUUGCAGGGUGCUGCCGAUGACUCAAAUUUGAAUAUGGUCAGAAAUUUGAACAAGCAAUUAGAAGCAGCUACGGAAAAUACUUCAACGGCAUCCUCCUCUUCUCAAAUUGAUCUGUGGAAGUGAAUUAAACUCCUCCUACUUAAGACAAGUACAUAUUGAUCAUAGGAAUUAGUACAGUUCUUUGUUGACUAAAUAACAAGUAUUAUUUGUACAUAAUAAUACUACUAAGAAAGACUAUAUAUAUGACCCUUCCACUAAUAUUAAGUUAAGAGAAAAUGAAUUAACCGCUUGGUGAUGAAAGAAUAUAUAGGUGAAUUAUAUAUGCAGCCAUCUUUAUUAGCUGCUUGAGAUGUAAUUGAAGCAUUUUCAUUUUGUCAGGCAUGGCUAUCGAUGUUAUGGUAUGAUAGCUACUGCUUUGGUUAUGUAAACCAGUGGAUAUUUCGAAUGUGUUUAAAUGUUACAUUAU